UCUCCUCUUUUCGGUCUCGUACGCUCAGAAUCGAGGGCUUACUUAUUUUCCUCUUCGUCGAUACUGUUCCGCAGGCACCUAGAGACAUCUGCGACUCGAUUUCAUCUUCUUUCAAGCAGAGGAUGGACUGGCAAGGGCAGAAGUUAGCAGAGCAGCUGAUGCAGAUAAUGCUGCUGGUGUUUGGUGUGGUUGCAUUUGCAGCCGGAUUUAUACUGGGAUCAUUUCAGACAAUGAUGAUCAUUUAUGCUGGUGGCGUAGUCCUCACGACUCUUGUAACCGUACCCAAUUGGCCUUUUUUCAAUUGCCACCCGCUCAAAUGGUUAGAUCCUAGCGAAGUCGAGAAGCACCCUAAGCCACAACCAGCAGUUAGUGCCAAGAAAAAACUCUCAAAAAAGUAGGUUAUUCUCCAUUGAUCACGGUGUUAGCUUUUCUGGCUAGAUUGAAUGGGCCUGCAUCUUUUCUAUUAAUGAAUUUUACAACAUACUUGCAUUUCAUAAAUCAUAAACAUCCUAAUGCCUAGCACUACCAAUAUGAUUUUACGAUUUAUGAUUCGAAUAUAAUUCUCUGGUUUGAUUAA